GAGGUGAGAAGCAGCAGGUUCUUGCUGCAUAGGGUUGGGCGGCGCAUCCCCCAUCGGCGACGCCGACGCAACAAAUAACGGCGCCUCCGUCCCAUAAAGCUGCGGACGAAAAUCAUAGUGCGGCGUACCGAGGUCUGGAUGGUUACGGCGUUUGUGCACGUUUUUCCGGGAAAAGUACGCGUUUCGCUAGUUGGGACAGUGAAAUUUUCGCGUGUUUGAGAGCCUAACAAUGCGCUAAUGGACAGUGUGAAGAUGCUGCUGGCAAGGCGGAAUUUGUAUCGGGCGGAGACAGUGUGGCGAUUAAAACGGGACUCUUUGGAUCCAAUAUGAAUUCAGGAAAUGGCUAUCGCUCUUGUGUUAGUGCUGACGUUAGCGUUGGCUGUUGCUGAUCCAGACUGGAGUGACUGUCGCUCCCCCUGCCACUGCAAGUGGAUUUCCGGCAAAAGAACCGCGUUUUGCAAGAAACAAGGCCUAACAGCAGUUCCGGGCUAUCUGGACGAGGGCAUCCAGGUGCUGGACCUGUCCAAUAAUUCGCUGCACGCCCUGCCUAAAGCAGUGUUCCAGGCCGUGGGCCUGAUCAACCUCCAGCGGAUCUACUUGAUGCACAAUGAGAUCGAUGAAGUGCAUCCGGACGCUUUCAAGGACCUCAUCAUCCUGGUGGAGAUUGACUUGUCCCGCAACAACAUUCGGAUGCUACACCCUGAGACGUUCUACGGCAACGAGCGGCUAAGAUGGCUCUAUUUAACCGGCAAUCCGUUGCGACAGUUGAAUGGCGCUCAAUUCCCGAUUUUGCCGCAUUUGAGGAAUCUGGACCUGGAAAGCUGCCAGCUGGAAUUUAUUCAUAGAGAUGCAUUUGUGCAUCUCACCGCUCUGGAAACCCUCAACUUGAAGAGCAAUUUAUUGCGGAACUUGUCCGAUGCCACCUUCAUGAGUUUUGCGCAUCUAAAAACCCUGCUGCUCGAAGGUAACCCGUGGAGGUGCGACUGCGAGCUGCGCGGCUUCCGCAAUUGGUUCCUCUCGAGCAAACUGUACUCUGUGUCGCUGCUUUGCUACCAGCCGAAAGUUCUGGCUGACCAACACUGGGAGGAUGUGGACUCUUCGGAGUUUGCCUGCGUUCCGCAGGUUUUCGCGUUUCCGCAACGACAAGUGCAGGCGGAAGCCGGAGGCAAUGUGAGCUUGGGGUGCCACGUGCUGGGCGAUCCAGAGCCGAAAGUUUCCUGGCUGUUCGAGGGCUACCCAAUCAACCACAGCUGGCUCAUUAUUGAGGCUGAGGAAGGCUUGCUGGAAAAGUGGGUAAACAUUACGGUUCUCAAUGUCAGUGAGGUGGAUGUCGGCAUCUACACUUGUGUGGCCAAGAACUUCCUGGACUCGGCGGAAGUGAACGUGAGUUUAGUGCUGCCGGAAGUUGUAACGGCCACCACUCUCAGCAAGACGGAUUCUGCGCUUGUCUGGUGGGGACUGGUGGUGAUCGGCAUCGUCCUAUCACUGUCCACUGUGAUAACUGUGUCAGCCGUGUGCUGUGCUCGGCAGAGGAACAUGCGCAACAUGCCAGCCAGUGUGAGUUUCACCGACCAGGAGAAGAAGUUGCUGGAUGUAAGUAUUGCAACCACCACCGAUAGAGGGACUGGUAGUUCGGAGGCCAUCGGCCAGGAAAUGGACGCAAUGGACCCUCCAGUGCAUAUCACGAUCGAGCGCGAACCCCUCCCGGUAGUCGUGUUCCCUCCUCCUCCAGAAUUCUCCACCAGCUCCCUGCCAGCGGGCGCCUACGGCAACAUUUUCAUUUCGGUGUCGGUGAGUCGCGAUCCCAACAUGGUGGACAUCUCCAGGUGUCCGGAUCUGCUGGAUCUGCCCCAUCGGCCCAAGCCGAUCUAUCAUGGCAUGGCGACGCUUCCCAGGCGUCCAGCGCCCAUUCCACACUACGACAACAUGGGUCCAAGAGUCACAGCUGGUGGGAGUUCGACGUUGUCGUUGCCCGAUGAAACUGCAGCUGCUGCAGCUGCAGCUGGUCCAACCCUGGUAGAGCUCCAACUUCCCAAGUCUCCCCUUUGCGUCCCCAUAGCCCAGGAAUUUGUCUCUCUCUAACCUUUUGAUAUGGUUAAUCUUCAAUUAGUGCCUUUGCUCACAUCAAUAUUUUAGUUUUCUAAAAAUAGGUGUAUGAUGUUUUCGUGUCUUUGGUUGCUUUGGUGCCUGAUGUGGCCGCCCGGAUUUGUCAAGGUUUUUCACUCUUUUCCACUUUCUUCUGCAAGUCGACGCUCAGUCGGUUUUAUCAAAGAAAACGUCGCUCCUCUUACCACAGCUGAGUCUGGAGGCGUCAGCGCACAGGGUGGCCCAAUAUUUUACACCAAAAUGAUCUUAUCAGACGGUUUAGCUCAAAGUCGGUUAAUUAGGAGCCAAUGAAUGUGGGAUGACAAUAAUUUAAAAUAGUUGUCUGAAGUUCAUAAAAGGGGAAACCUCAAAACCACCCAUCUGGGAUUUUUGGUUGUUUGGUUGUUGACUGACUACAGAUUUUCAAGCCGAUUUUUCCAAAAUUGUCAAAAAUUCGCAAACAUUCAUAGAGCCCAAUUUGUUCUAUUUUACGGUGUUAAAUUCAAGGCUUUCGCUAAUUCAGAUGUUGAGGAAUUAUUGACUGAAAUCACGCCUGCAGCAAUUUCUGCAAUAGACAAGAAUUGUUGAAGAGAAAAAUGAUCACAGUUUCACCAAUAAAGGACAACUUUUCACAGAAAUAUAAAUUUACGUUCUCUAUCUAAAGAUAGUAACACCAGAUUUCUCAGAUGUUUGGUUGUUGUAUAGUUAAUUAUUAAAACCAAGUCUGCUAAUCAAAAGUAGUAGUUUUCAAGGCGAUAUUUAAAAAAUCGCCAAAAUAUGGAAUUUAAAUGAGAAUCACGACAUUCAUAGAGCGCACUAUGUUCUAUAUUGAGGUACUAAAAUCAAUUCUUUACAAAAAUUCAAAUGCUGAAGAAUUAAUGAUUGAAGUCAAGUUUGCAGAAUUUCUUUAGCAGACAAAAGUGAAAUUCUUCACAGAAAUAGCUAUUUUUGUGCUCUAUCCAACGACAUUAAAUCCAACCUUCUGAGGUAAUUGGUUGUAUGCUAAUUAAUUAAUAAAGUAAGGUGGGGGUAUGGGAUUUAAAUGAAAAUCACGGCAUUCGUAGAGCGCACUUUGUCCUGUUUUGUGGUAAUAAAAUCAACUCUAUUCAAAAUUCAGGUGCUGAGGAAUUAAUUAUUGACGUCAAGUCUGCAUAAUUUUCUGUAGUGGACGAACGUGUCAUCAGAAAAAUUAUAGAAAAUUUUUGAAAAAUUUAUGAAUUCAGCGACAAACUUGAACCUUUUUGGCGGAAUCAAGAUUCUUCUGCGCAUUCCAAUGACAUCAAAAUCAAUCUUCUCAUAUAUUUGGUGGUUGGCUAAUUAAUUAUUAAAACAAAGCCUGCAAAAUGAGCUGAUGCACACAAACAACAGGUUUUCAAGUCGUUUUUUUUUAAAUUGUCAAAAAUUCGCGAAAGGAAGUCCUAAAACUUAUUUGAAAAUAGUGAAAUUUGUUGUUUAACGACAACUUUUACAAAAUAAAAUUAUAAUCGAAUUUCGAAACUUCAAUCUAAGUUUCGAUUUCAAAUGAUUGUCAUCCGAUAUUUACUGGCGUUGGGUUUAAUUCGUCGCCUGAUUUUCUAGUUUUAGCACUGGUUUUCUCGUGUAAUAUUGUUCAAAAGUUCUGUUGUUUUUUCUUAUUCUUUUAUCCACAUUUUAAUUGUUGCAUUUUAUCCCAUUGAAAUAAUGAUUGUAAAAAAGUACGCUUUUUACCAACUCAAAUGAUCCUAAAUCUUCAUUAAUUAUUAAGAAUUGUUCUUAAUAAUUAAUGAAGAUUCUUUUAGAAACUUGUUAAAACAAGUCUAACAAACUCAAGCUUGAAUAAGCAAAAGUUUCUUUAGUUUCUCUUCGGUUUUUAACUUUCUCAUUCUUCAAUUUGUUAUUUUUACAAAUAGAAAUCAUCUCUCUUUUUUGUCAGUGUUUCUAAACCUUCUAUUUUUGUUUGCAAUAUCAAUUUCAUUAAUUUUUGGACUUAUAGUGUCUUGUUCCUGUUGCUGCUUAAUGAGCACUGGAUAUUUGCGGUUCAUAGUUACAUAGUACAUUGUUAGUAUAAAUUAAUCAGUUUUUCGAUCAAUUAUUUUUUCAGAUUUUUUGCGAAAACGUGGGAAUUAUUCUGAUCAAAAAUUGCAAAACUGUAAUUGUAACUAACUUCUAAAUUUGAAAAAUAUGAUUAAAAAUAUGAAUUUCAGACGAAACAAACCCUCUCUUCAGUGUUUUCACUGUUUUAAAGAAUCAAUACAGGUAACAAUAUGGAUUUUCACAAAGAAAAAUUUGAAGGAAGGGACAGGAAUAAUAAUUUUUAUACAAAUAAUUCAAUUUUGUCAAUUCCACAAAAAAACAGUUAGUUAUAUUCUGUUGUAUAGAAAUUAGAUUUUUACUGAGAUACUUUCGCAAUCCUAAUCUUCGCGUAUUCUUCAUUUCACUAAAGUUUUUUAGGGUUUUAAUAAAUAAACAACUCAGAAAAGAAUCGACAAUGUUCUCGCCAAUCUCUUGUAUUAAGAUCCUGCUUUCACUUACAUAUUUAGCGCUUAACAUAAUAUUUUUGUCUAAAUCAUUUCGCAAACAUAAUUUGUUUUUGGGCCACCCUGUUUAAACACAUGAAAUUGAUGUAAAGAAGCCAAUCCCGUCUAUGGAAGCUCAUAGUGAAACGAGUGGAAAUGCUUGACAAUCUCACCACAUUUAACACUAAAUGGCCAAUAUUUUCCAAUGUCAUUUUUCAACUCAAAUUAUAAAAACCUUUAAAAUGCAAUUUUCAAUGUUGGAAAGUAAUUUUGCAUCAUUAACAUGCUCUGCUUGACCUGUUUUCUAGUAAAAUUAUUAAAUUAUUAGAACAACGAGUCCUAAAGAAAUUAUGGCCUUUUGGGACAAACAUUUAGGAAAUUAAAUAAUUAAAAAACCCCGAUAAACAGGUCGAAUUAAAGUAAAUAAAAAAAAAUUACGGGCAAAUUUGGUUCCAAAUCUUAACUCUACUAACUAACUAAAACUACUAAAAUGAAACCUUCCAGUGAACGAAAGGCAAAUUCAUAAAUAAUUGAUGAGCAAAUAACAAGAAAUAUUUAUACAAUCUGAAGCCAAACUUUAGGAAGUGAUUCUAAGAAGGAAGUUUUAUAUAAGUUCAUGCCUCCUUUUUGAUAUACCGCAAUGGGUUUUUCUCGCAAUUGUUGAAGUUUAGUAGCAUGCAUUUACAGGAAGAUUUUGCCCUAAAUAAUCGGCGCUAUUGGAUUAUGCUCAAUUUCUCUGUUUUCUCGGAUUAAGCAAAUUUUAAUUCAACUUUCUUGUUUCUCGAAGUUCUCAAAAUACAUUAAAUAAAAAUUGAAAUAAAAUUACAGCUUUAUUAUGUAACACCCUGUAAAUUGAAAUAUAACCGUUUUAGAAUCUACACUCAUGUACAAAUUCCAUCAUAAAAUCACCCAGAGAAUCUAAACCGCCUACAGUUGUGCUUGGUAUUCAAAUAACACCCUGUAUAUGUAUGUAUUCGUUAUACUAAUUUUUUAUUAAUUUGCACGUCACUCUUUGCAAACAUCACAAAAAGGACGAAAUUAUUAAUUGCGUAAAAAAUCGUUGUUUGUUGCAUAUGAAAAAAUAAUCCAUUAUAUUGACAAAAUGUUCAACAAUUUCAAUAUUUACUACAAAUAUACAUGGAAAUAAGCACGCCUAUUUAUUGAUGAAUAAUCAUUUUUUGACUAAAAUCACUUGUAUUUGAAUAUAAACGCGCUUUAUUUAUUAUUUAACAAAUACUUGCUGGAAUUUAUGAAAGUUUGCCCGGUUAUUCAGGCUUUAGUUUUCCUAUAGUUUAUUUAUUCAUGCCAAUAUCAAUAAAGAGAAUCCAUCUGAAUUUUGCAUAUAAUAAAAGCGUAUGUACAUUAUUAUAGAGAUAAUAUAAACGCAACUGAGUUAUGGUUCAAUCUGUAAAUAUUUAUUGGAAAGUAUUGGCCAAAAUCUUCUAAUUUUCCCAUGUGAUGUUCGACAAACCUUAUUACCCCAUACCGGUAGAUAAGCAUUGUAAAAACCAAAAAAAUUAUCUGUAAAUGUCCUUUAACCUCCUUCUAAGAAGCUGUAUAUCAUCAAAAGAUACCAUUAAAAUGAGAGUAAGACUUUGGAUUGCACUAUUAACAGUUCUUUUCGUUUUAAUAUAUGUAUUGUUAAAAUAUGUUAGAAAU